AUGGCUUUUAAGACCCCACUCGGACAUUUUGAGUACCUUACUCCUGCAGAGCAUCGCCGGCACGUCCGGCUUGUCCUACAGCGCAUUUUGGAGAAUCAGUUGUACGUGAAGGCCGAGAAGUGCGAAUUCCAUCAGUCUUCCAUCAGCUUCCUGGGCUUCAUCCUUGAGGGUCGGCAGGUUCGCGCUGACCCCAACAAGAUUAAGGCGGUGGAGGACUGGCCUAUUCCAACUACUCGGAAGGAGCUACAACGGUUUCUGGGCUUUGCCAAUUUUUAUAGGAAGUUUAUUCUGAACUACAGCCAGACGGCCAGUCCACUCACAGCCCUGACGUCAUCCAAGGUGCCGUUCAGCUGGACUCCGGAAGCAGACAACGCAUUCGGCGCUUUGAAGACCAAGUUCACCUAG